UGCCGACUAAUCUUUUUAGUUGUUUUUUAUGCAUACAGGCGACAAUCGGCAUGUAAACAUGUUGAAUAUAAUUUUUUAUAUCGUGCAAUGAUUGAAUCCUCUCGAUAUUAUGUUUAAUAUUUAUAUUUUAAUCUAAUGUGCAAAAGAAAUUAUAUUAAUGUUUGACUCAAAUACAUUUUAUAUUAUUUUAAAUUUAAAUUGAUAUUGUAAGAAAUACUUAAUAGUUAAUAACUUUUGUUCGUGUCUAAUUGUUAAACACUAAAAUGUAUAUUUUUAAUUACUGUCUCCGGAGUAGAAUUAACUCUUCAAUAUUUUCUUCAGUGAAACGGUCUUAUACCUUGCACUUAAGAACUUCAGUAAUUCAUAACAAUCGCAUGUUACUACCCGCCAAUCGGUUUACUGGAUAUUUAGUGCCAGAUCGCUGUUUUAUGAAAAAGAUGGGCAUUUACGAAGUGUACAAUAAAAAAGCCGUUCAAGACAGGGUUUCACCAUCAGAGUAUGAACUAAUUUACAACGGCACUGGCGAGAUGUAUGCACGCUGUUUGAGUGGAAUUGUAAUCGCUGCCAUUAUAGUCCUGCCAUCAACUUUUAUUAUUGCCUAUUUCUAUAUUUUGCUCACAGAAGGAAAAAUUGAUUUACAGACAUAUUUAGAUAUAUUGCUUAUACCAAACUCAACAUUCGAACUUAUGAUAAUGAUUCCUGUAUUGUUUCUUAUGAAAAUAGUGUCGUACAAUUUUAUUUCUAAAUAUGUAUUGAGAAUUUACAGACACAACGCAAAAAGACAGUAUGUGGGUGUGUACAUAAAUCCAAUUUUACCAUGGAAAAAUAUAACGUGCACAUUUGAAACAGCUAUUAAAUUGCCGAAUAGUAUAAAUGUUUUCAUUCCUUGGCACAAAGAGUAUUAUCGACUAGCUGGACACAAGUCAAUUAUCCUAAGAGAGAGAUUCAAAAGGCCAGUAGAUUAUGACAGAAUGCUUGGUUUAGUAAAGACAUUGGAUGAAUGAUUAGUCAAUACAUUUUAGUUAGUGACUAUGUGUUAAUGUUCGAGUUUCUAAAAUAAAUGUAUGAUAAAAGAA